AUGGCACCCCGCGAAGACUUGGUCGCCUCGGCCGUGGUGUUCCUGCAGGACCCGUCCGUUGCCUCAGCUCCAGUCGAAAAGCGAAUCGAAUUCCUCAAAUCCAAAAACCUCACACAGGAAGAGAUUGAUCUUUCGCUGGCUCGGGUCGCCGGAGAUGCGGGCCAGCAGCUUCCACCUCCGCAAAAUGCACCCUACUAUCCUGCUCCUGCACGGGGACCCCCAGGCCCGCGCUACCCAUACCCAUACAACCCCUACGGAGAAUGGCAGCAGCCUCCGCCGCCGGAACCGCCUCGACGAGACUGGCGAGACUGGUUCAUUAUGGCGACCGUAGUUGGUGGAGCCAGCUACGGAUUGUACACCCUGGCUCAGAGAUACAUCAAACCAUUAAUAGCGCCGCCAACACCACCCCAGUUGGAACAAGAUAAGGCCGCAAUCGACGAGCAAUUCAACAAAGCAUUCGCCUUGCUGGACACACUAUCCUCAGAUACCGCUGCUCUGAAAGAUGCCGAAGAAGCCCGUACUCAGCGCCUCGACACCGCAAUCACCGACAUUGAAACCAUUGUCGCGGAAUUGAAAGCCGCCAAUAUGCGCCGUGAGGACGAUGCCCGCAGAAUGGAAACGGAGAUAAGAACCAUGAAGGACAGCCUGCCUCGAUCCAUUGAUAGCGUUAGAGAUGCAAGCGAAAGACAGCUCAAGGAGCUGAGCACUGAGUUGGCCAGUCUGAAAGCGCUCAUGGGUAAUCGGCUCGGAAGCGCCUCCUUCAGUCCUGCAGGACAGGGAAUCGCAAGGACUCAGCCAGGCACAUUUCCAGGACCGGGUGCGUCAGCUUCGACCGGCGCAGCCGCGACAUCGACCACCGAGAAUGCCACAGGAAACAGUGCUGGCAACCCGCCUAGGCCUACACCGAGCUACACCGCUUCAGCGUCAGCAGUCCCUACAUCCUCGUCAGUGUCAACUACCAGGCCAGCGUCAACCACUUCAUUCGGCAGCUCAGGCAACAAAGCAGCCAUUCCGGCCUGGCAGAUGGCGGCCGCAAACAAGGCCAAGGAUAUCAACGGGCCCAGUCCUGCGGCUGCAAGUCAUAACUCCAAUGUUCCGGUCACGAAUGUGCCUUCUCAACAGGCCGAUGGUGCCGAGGCCGUUGCAGCACUCAAUGCGAGCUAG